UACAGAAUAGUUCUGUGACGAUCAGUCACAAUACAGAAUAGUUCUAUGAGGUUCUGUAAAUGCCCCCGCGUGACGUCAGGUCCCCGAACAACGCGGGAAGUUGUACACAGACAGACCUAGACAGCAGCCACACACACAAUACACAACACACACCAGACCCACAGAAGAUCGUUUGUGCGAACCUCGAGAGGGAACAUGAGCGCUGUUGUUGCGGACCUCGACAACUCCACGCCGCAAGACACAAACACAAACACGAAUGCCGGGGCGGGUGAAGGUGGCGGGGUUGAGACAAACGAAGGCACACCCGAGAGCAAUGAACAGCAUGGCUCGAACGUGGUAGACGUUGCCGGAACGUGCCCGUACUCAGCCCGAAACCAGUCUACGGCAAGGGCGGAGUGGUAGCGGAGGUGACUGACGAUAUCGCUGCCGCGGUGGAUGCUUUCACCGUGCCGACCGGUUUCGUGAGAAAGGG